UCAUCAUGAGCAGGAACUACUUGUCCAAAAAUGAUGAGCUCCGCAAGGGAGACUUCCUACUAUCCAACAACCGAGAGUGGAAAGCUGUCUUUCAGGUUCGUUACUUCAACAUCAGCAUUGUUAAUAUCUGUCUCAGUUUGUACAGCAGUGCAUGUUGUUGGCACUUCUUGUACUGCUUUAGUUUGUACUGCUCUAGUGUUUUACACCUCGAGAAGCAGCUGUAAUUACUUAAAUCUGUUGAACAAAAAGUAAAUUGCAGGUGCUUAUCACUCAAUGUAGGCUACAUUCAUGAAUUGGCUUUGGUUCUGGAGAACAUCAAGAGUGUGUUAUUAAAUAACUGUUUUGUGAUAGUACUGUAUAUGUGUGUCUAUCUCUGUAGGACGAUGGCAACUUUGUGAUCUACGGCUGGAAGCCCAUAUGGUCUUCAGACACGGCCGGCCCCAACCCUCACCGCCUGUGCAUGCAGGAGGACUGCAACCUGGUGAUAUACACACAGGAGGACUCCCCCAUGUGGCACACCAACACCUUUCAGACGAGCUGCAAGAUGUGCCGGAUCCACCUAAAAGACGACGGCAUCCUUGUGCUGGAGAAGGACGGAGUAGACAUCUGGAGCUCCAACGAAUCCUCCGGCAUGAAAUGAAUGAAGUCACAAAGAGUGAAGCUUUUUUUUUAAAGUCUGCUACUACAGUGCAUAUAUCUCUGACUGUCUGAAUUGGGAAAUCUCGUAACUUUUUAUGUGUAACCAAUAAAACAGUCUGUCUCUUUUAAUUGUGUCAGUAUUGGAUUGUCAUUAAAUGAACAUCUUGAUAAAUUGGGUGGGGUAAGGAGGUCACAUGUCUCAAAACAGGGGCAGCGGGAAAAAUACAUGUAAUCUAUGCACCUAAAUAGCGAAUGGAGGACGCUUUUCCUGUAGUUCAUUUUCAUGCCAGCCAGGUAGGCUAUACUCCUGUUGUAAAGAUAAACAAUGUGCUUAAUAUUAGGAAAGUUGAGAAAUAAAUAUAGUAGGCCUAGUCUAUAGAAAGCUGAUGGGAUCCUCCUCUUUUUAGUAGAGGCCAUCACUCUGUUUUAUCGCGCAAUUGCAUAGCCUAUAGAAAUGUUGCGCAACAUGAGCUCAUGGGCUCUCAUUAAGUGUUUGAUUAGAUUUUCGAUUACAUUUGCAUUGAUGUCAGAGUGAUUAGAGGGACAAUAGAGUGCUGAGUACCAGGCAGUUAGCAAGUUUGGUAGGCUACUAAUGACCAUGAGCAGCAUCAGAGCUUGGAGAAGCCUAAGUACCGUGACUAAACGGUCACAUGGAAUUUGACUGCCUUCAUGAUUCGUGACCGCCGGUGUGGCGGUAAUACGGUCACCGCAACAGCCCUAGGCAUGACCCUCAGAAGUAAUGUCAUGACCCAAAUAUUUAACAGAGCUCCGGCAUAAUUGCAUCUUACUGGGGGAAACUUUUCUGCCAAAAAUAUCUACAUGCCACAACUGGCGCAGCUCCUUUCAUGCGUCCAAUGUCAGUCUUUGAUUUAGCCCACAGUUCUUCAGGUAUAUCUUUUAGCCAAUCAAUGUGUGAAUUAUCUUGUAAUACCACAGGCAUGGUUUCAACGGGAAUUGGUUGUUUUCUUGGUAUUGUCAUUACAGUGCCCAGUAUUUUACAUUUUAGUCAUUUAGCAGACACUCUUAUCCAGAGCGACUUACAGUUAUAAUUUUAUAUUUAUUAACUAAAAUGUCAAUAAGGGGGUUUUGUGUUGACUAGGUGGUCAAUUUUAGCAUUUGACAGGUCUCUUCUGGUUCUUCAACAUUGUUUUCUUCAUUAGUUUCUUAUUUUGUUUCCGCCUCAUCCUAUGUUUGGUAGCCCCUCGCCCACCUCCUCUUCCAAAAGGGUUGUCCACCUGCAUGCCAACAGGUGGGGACGGCCACUCUCCUUGACCUUCUCCUGCUCCAGGACAGUGUCUUGAGAAAUGCCCUAACUUCCCACAGUUGUAGCAGCUCCAGUCUCUCCCUCCGUCAGCUCCACCAGGGGCCCCUCGGCCUCUACCUCUUCCUCUGCCUCUUGUUCUCUCUGCUCGUUUGUUCUGGUUCUUGUCUUGGCUGGUUGCUUUCUGUCUUCAGCUCCAGCACCUUCUGCAGAUCCUCCAACAGCUCCUAAUCCCACAGCUCCUUCACCUGGCACAGGCCCACCCCCAAGUGGGUUAUGAGGAGGUGGGAGGCCACCAUCUCCGUCUGCUGGUGGCGUCUUCUUUUUAUUUUGUCCUUCUUCCUCUUCAAGUUGGCCUCUCACAUACUCCAGUUUUUCUGUGCUUAGUGUCCCAUCAGCAGGGAAAUCUCCAUCUGUCUAUCUUGUCCAGUCUUCUGUUUGGUCCAGUACCCCCCUGCCAUUUGUUUUGCCAUUACACUACACAGCCCUUUUGGUUCCCAGCACGGAUCCUCCAUCCUACUCUUACUAUUUCCCUUUCCCAUACCCUUUGUUGAACUCUUUAGAAAAAACUUCCAGCUUAACACAUCAUCCCACACUCACACAACUCUCACACCGGGGCUAAACCCCUGUUCAGUUAAUUAGUCAAUCAUACAAUACUCACAUCCACAUUCACUUAGUACUAUUCCCAAACACACUCAGUAAUCUCCCUUAUUACUCCUUAUGCAUCUUCAACGAUUCUCUUGUCGUUACCGCCUAUGCAUUUAUUUUACUUUUUGAAAGUUAAAAAAAACUUUUACCCCUUUUUCUCCCCAAUUUCAUGAUAUUCAAUUGGUAGUUACAAUCUUGUCCCAUCGCCGCAACUCCCCUACGGACUCAGGAGAGGCCAAGGUUGAGAGCCAUGCGUCCUCCGAAACACGACCCUGCCAAGCCGCACUGCAUCUUGACACACUGCUCGCUUAAUCCGGUAGCCAGCCGCACCAAUGUGUCGGAGGAAACACCAUCCAGCUGGCGACCGAAGUCAGCUUGCAGGCGCCCGGCCCACCACAAGGAUUCGCUAGAGCGCUAUGGGACAAGGAAAUCCCAGCCGGCCAACCCCUCCCCUAACCCGGACGACGCUGAGACAAUUGUGCGCCACCUCAUGGAUCUCCCGGUCAUGGCCAGCUGUGAAACAGCCUGGGAUCAAACCCGGGUCUGUAGUGACGCCUCAAGCACUACGAUGCAGUGCCUUAUACCGCUGCACCACUCGAAAGGCCCUCCUUUGCAUACAUAUGUAUCUUCAACGGUUCUCCUAUAGUCUCUAUAGUUGCCAUAGUCUCUAUAGUAUCUAUAGUCUCUGAGUCUCUAUAGUCUCUAUAGUCUCUAUAGUCUCUAUGGUAUCUAUAGUCUCUGUCUCUGUAGUCUAUAUAGUUAUAAAUGAUAUAGUCUCUAUAACCUCUAUAUUCUUGCCGCUUCCUAUACAUAUAGAAUAGCACCUCGUGUUACUACCAGUUGUUCUCAGACCACGUAGACACUUCUCAUGAAUACCUAAAAUAACACCUUGUGCUAUUAUCAGUGGUUCUCUGUACACAUAGAUACUUCUCAUAAAUGCCUACAAUAACACCUCAUGAUGCCAAAAUUGUCAUGGAAAUUCAUCAUUAAGGACUCAAACUCAAUGUAAAUGAAUCAAUCUUUAUUAUCACGGCCAGAGAGGUUCACAAACUCAAUCCAAGCUUGAUGAAAUCUCUGAAAAGGGCGUUCCCUUUCAGUUCUCAUAUACUGCUACACAAGCAAGUCAUAUACGCAUGAUUUACAUUAUUCAUUAUUCAUUAUUAACGUUGGUUCCUGCAUGUGACUGAGAGGCUUCUUCUCUCAAAGCUGUGACCUUGAAAUUGAGAUACUCCUUUUGGUUCCCAGAACAAUGAUCUGGGCGUACUGCCAAUUGGUCUGAGGAGGAGGUCACAGUCACCUGCACGAACCAAGAUAGAGUGAGAGGAGAAGCUGUGUACAAUUGAAGGCUAUCUCUUCAGACAUCAACAUCUUCCCUCACAUAGGGUUUCCAAUCUCUCCAAAAGAAUGUGGUGAAUGACGGUGUCAAAAGCAGCACGGAUGAGUGCUCGAGAAGAGCCGAAUGGAUUGACCCUGCUCGUAAUGAAGAGCUGAACGACGUAUGAGUGCGUACCAAUGGUUUCCAGUACGAUGACGUUACUGAUUAAGCUUUCUCCACCCUCUCCAGAUGUGCCCUGCUACGACGAGACUGCUGAGGCCACGACUACCACAUCGGAACUCGAUGAUGCCAACUCGACAAACGCUCCAUGCCAAACAACUAUGGACUCUAGCGUGAGUGUGCCUGUCCUUGUGUUUUGUUCUGUUUUGCUUUUAUCCUGUAACCCCCUUUUAUAAUACUAAGUAAAUAAAGAUAUUAAAGAACCGUAAACACUGACUGUCUGCCUCCUGCCUGUGUCUGUGGUAUUGGGAUUGAAAUAACUUUGGUUGUUAGCAUAGUCGGCAGGAUCCCACUUGCAAACACACUGCUUAGACAUGUCUCUGGAACAAUCAGAAGGCGGGGACACCCCCAAUGUUGCAGAGGCUGUAGCCACCCCUAUUACACAGUCAUGCCAUGGUUCAUGGGAUCCACUUGGGUCCCCAAGUUUGAUGGGGACAACAUAAAAUGUAGAAGUUGGCGGGCUCAAGUAGAGGUAAUAUUGUGAGCACAGGGGCUUAUGGCACAGUAGCAGGGCCAUCCACUCCGUAGAGACUGUGGCAAGGCAGGGCAUGUCCAACGCUGUUGCCCCCACCCACAACAGGCCCGCAUAGAUUUUUUGCUCCCCCUGCUGCGGAAGGGCCAGCAGUGGGGUUGGCGGCACCAUCAAGAGCCCACAGUAGCUGCUGAACGAGAGACUGCAGAGCCUUACCUUGUAAAUAACAAACGCUUCGGCACUUCGGCGCUCUUACCGGGUAACCAGAGGUAAAACCUCAGGAAAGUAUUGAGACACUAAUGCUGCAUUUAGAUGAGGGACGCCAAAACCGUCAUACCAGUCGGCAGAGCGGGACAAGAAAGCAAGCAAGAAAUACUGUGACGGCAAAAGCAAGCCAGCACGACAGUAUGUGUUGCUAUGGUGAUUUCAGUAAACAAACAGUGCAAAUCAACAUCCGGUUGAAAACAACGUGAUGGCAAAAGUUGAAAUAGUUUAACUCUGGUGGCAAGUCCCGUCUACCGUGGCGGCUGACGGCAUUCACCGUCAUUCUCUCAUCGAAAACAAUGACAUCUGGUUUUCCGUCUACCUCGUGCCAUCUAAACGCAGUAUUAGAAUUGUGGUCGGGAGUCCGGGAUGACCAUAUUUAAUGGGGGGGGGGGGGGAUAACGUCACUUAUUGAUAUCAUGCGUAUUUGAGUGCCUUUUAAUCACGUGUGCUGUGUGUUUAUGAUUGCCUUUCACUUAAUUCCUUACAUUCUCAUGUGUGAAAUCUAAUUCAAUUGCAUGGACUAUUGGACUAAAGUGACAUUGAGACAGCUGUUGCCAAUUCCCCUUCACCUCAUCCCUCCCCUGACCAGUGCCGAUUCUAGCAUGUCAAUCUUGGUGGGGCAAACAAACAAUUUUUUUUAGAUGCAUGCCAUCAAAGCCACUACACAACUCUAAACAAUACAUUAAAUGCACUAUAACGGUGACAAACAGUGCCCACAAACUUUAAGGGUCUACAUAAAGCUGUCCCGACAGUGGAGCUAAUGGCUGACUUGCUUAAAUAAAUAUGGUUUCUACUGACUCCAUGUGGGUUUCUGUAACUGGAUAAGAAUCUCAUUCUCCUUCAACACUCAAGAACAUUCACUGUCUUCUUGGUCAGCAACUCCAGUGUAGAUUUGGCUUUGUGUUUUAGGUUAUUGUCCUGCUGAAAGGUGAAUUAAUCUCCCAGUGUCUGGUGGAAAGCAGAUUGAACCAGGUCUUCCUCUAGGAUUUUGUCUGUGCUUACUCCAUCCCAUUUCUUUUUUAUCCUGAAACUCCCCAGAUCCAGCCACCACUAUGCUUGAAAAUGUUGAGUGGUACACAGUAAUAUGUUGUAUUGGUGACGAUAUCCAACCAAAAUUGAGUUCUGAUCAGUUUGAUAUAAUAACUCGAAAAAUUGAAAAGUGAGGUGUAACUUAGCAUUGGGACUUUUGAUGUGUAUACUAAUGCAAAUCCAUAUGUUACGUUUACGCUACCUACCCUUUAAAAAUGGGCACAGCUCUGGUCCCUCCUCCAUUCCCCUCCCAUGUCCCUGUUGAUAUAAACUGGGGUGUCAGUGCAUCUCUCCCCAUUCUUCUUUCACUGCACCUUGUUUAAGACUCCAACACUGAGUGUGUAUUGAACUUUACCUAGUGAUUUAUUGUUCUAAAUACCUGCUCAUCUUUUUAUAUAUAUAUUUUUUUAUAUCUGCUCAACGGUGAUCUAUUGCCUACAAUGCUGCCCUCUUGUGUUUUCAAUGCACUUUAAAAUAUAUGUGCAUUUCAGUUGACUUUGGUUAACUUUUUAUUUCAAAGAUUGGUCUUAAAUUUUACUUUUGCAUGGCAAUACACUACUGCACUAUUUUGUCCUGUGGGGUAUAUACCUAAUAUAUACGAUAACUCUAUCCAACAUUCCUUAAUAUACUUUUUUUGUGAAAGAGUGUACGACCUGGAUUUCUGUACAUUGAUAACCCAAACAUCUCAUUACACAGUCAUCAUGAGCAGGAACUACUUGUCCAAAAAUGAUGAGCUCCGCAAGGGAGACUUCCUACUAUCCAACAACCGAGAGUGGAAAGCUGUCUUUCAGGUUCGUUACUUCAACAUCAGCAUUGUUAAUAUCUGUCUCAGUUUGUACAGCAGUGCAUGUUGUUGGCACUUCUUGUACUGCUUUAGUUUGUACUGCUCUAGUGUUCUACACCUCGAGAAGCAGCUGUAAUUACUUAAAUCUGUUGAACAAAAAGUAAAUUGCAGGUGCUUAUCACUCAAUGUAGGCUACAUUCAUGAAUUGGCUUUGGUUCUGGAGAACAUCAAGAGUGUGUUAUUAAAUAACUGUUUUGUGAUAGUACUGUAUAUGUGUGUCUAUCUCUGUAGGACGAUGGCAACUUUGUGAUCUACGGCUGGAAGCCCAUGUGGUCGUCAGACACGGCCGGCCCCAACCCUCACCGCCUGUGCAUGCAGGAGGACUGCAACCUGGUGAUGUACACACAGGAGGACUCCCCCAUGUGGCACACCAACACCUUUCAGACGAGCUGCAAGAUGUGCCGGAUCCACCUAAAAGACGACGGCAUCCUUGUGCUGGAGAAGGACGGAGUAGACAUCUGGAGCUCCAACGAAUCCUCCGGCAUGAAAUGAAUGAAGUCACAAAGAGUGAAGCUUUUUUUAAAGUCUGCUACUACAGUGCAUACAUCUCUGACUGUCUGAAUUGGGCAAUCUCGUAACUUUUUAUGUGUAACCAAUAAAACAGUCUGUCUCUUUUAA